CUCCCUGCCUCCUCCGCCAUGCCCCCCAAGUUACAGGCUCAAGCCGGGGGCAGCAAGAAGGCGGAGCAGAAGAAGAUCGAGGACAAAACUUUUGGUUUAAAGAAUAACAAAGGAGCAAAGCAACAAAAGUUGAUCAAAGCUGUGACUCAUCAGGUUAAAUUUGGUCAACAAAAUCCACGACAGGUAGCACAAAGUGAAGCUGAGAAGAAAUUGAAGAAAGAUGACAAGAAGAAAGAAUUGCAGGAAUUAAAUGAGCUCUUCAAGCCAGUAGCUGCUGCUCAAAAAAUUAGUAAAGGUGCCGAUCCCAAGUCCGUGGUAUGUGCAUCCUUCAAGCAAGGACAGUGUACUAAAGGAGAUAAGUUCUCUCAUGACUUGACUCUGGAGAGAAAAUGUGAAAAACGAAGUGUUUACAUUGAUGCAAGAGAUGAAGAACUCAGGCCUGAUACUAUGGACAAUUGGGAUGAGAAAAAGCUGGAAGAAGUAGUGAACAAGAAGCAUGGUGAGGCAGAAAAGAAAAAGCCAAAAACUCAAAUGGUGUGCAAGCAUUUCCUUGAAGCCAUUGAAAACAAGUAUGGCUGGUUUGGGGUUUGCCCUGGAGUUGGUGAUAAUUGCAUGUAUCGGCAUGUACUUCCUCCUGGAUUCGUGUUGAAAAAAGACAAAAAGAAAGAAGAGAAAGAAGAUGAGAUUUCAUUAGAAGAUCUAAUUGAAAGAGAGCGUUCUGCCCUAGACCCAAAUGUUACCAAAAUCACUCUAGAAUCUUUUCUUGCAUGGAAAAAAAGGAAAAGACAAGAAAAGAUCGAUAAAUUUGAGCAAGAUAUGGAAAGAAGAAAAGCAGAGUUCAAAGCAGGCAAAGCACUCGUGAUCAGUGGUCGUGAGGUGUUUGAAUUUCAUCCUGAGUUGGUCAGUGAUGAUGAUGAGGAGGCAGAUGCUAUCCGUUACACCCAGGGAACAGGUGGCGAUGAGGUUGAUGAUUCAGUGGAUGUAAAUGACAUUUAUUUAAGUCUGUAUGUCCCAAGAGAUGUGGAUGAGACAGGUAUUACUGUAGCCAGCCUUGAAAGAUUCAGCACAUAUGCUUUGGAUAAAGAUGAAAACAAAUUAAGCGAAGCUUCUGGAAGCAGGGCUGAAAAUGGUAUAAGAAGUGAUCUGGAAGAAGACAAAGAAGGGGCAGCUCAGGAAAAUGGAGCUAUUCAUGCCGUUCCUGUUGAUGAAAAUCUUUUUACUGGGGAAGAUUUGGAUGAACUAGAAGAAGAAUUAAAUACACUUGAUUUAGAAGAAUGACACCAAGCAAAUCAAUGAAAAAAUUGCGUCAGCUCAGUGUGAGUUGAAAUUGACUACAUUAAUUUU